AUGUCUGAUCGAAGAGAACCAAGACCUAUACCGGAAGAGCCACCAUUUAAAGCAUAUGUUGGAAAUUUGCCGCUUGAUUUAGUUCCUAGUGAUUUGGAUUCUAUGUUUGAAAAUUUUGCGGUUAUCGAUGCAAAAAUGAUUCGCGAUUAUGAAAAUGACAGAUUUAAAGGUUUCGCUUAUGUCGAAUUUCGAACCCAAGAAGACCUGAAAAGUGCCCUUGCUUUGGAUGGUGCAAAUUAUGAUGGAAGAAUACUUCGAAUAGAUGUGGCUGAUGCUCCACGUGAAAGGGAACGGAGAAGUGGCGGUCGAGGUGGCUUUGGUGGACGUGGGGGCAAUUUUCGUGGUGGACAGUCAUUGAGGGGUGAUAAUAGACGUGGUGGAAGUUACUCUGGUGAACGUAUAGGUAAUAGAAGUGAUAAUGUGGAUCAUGAUAGGUCAGGUAGAAGCGGUUUGGGUCGUGGAAAAAGUCAUCCCCCUGAUACUGAUUCAAUUCCACAUGCAAAAGCUCCUGGUAGACGACAGCUAAAGUUGCAACCACGCACUACUGAUCCGGAAGAAUUGGAGAGAUUAAAAAAAAUCGAAGAAGAGGAAACAAAAAAGCGGCAAGCACGUAUAUUUGGCAUGAAGGAAUAG